AUGGCUUCCAACAGCAACCCAGACUUGGAAGCUGUUCUCAAGACAUUAUCUGCCUUUGCACCUCCUGCGAAUGCAAGUCAGACGUUUCUCAAUAAUCAUGGCGCUAACCCGAGUCUUCAACACACAAACGGUUCCCGAGAUGAUGAGGAAUACGAGCCCUCAGACGCUCUGCUCUCACUUCCAUCUCAGUCCCAGCAAGCACCAAGGUAUCCACCGUCCACUGUUGCGAUGGGAGCCAGAGACCCUGUUUUGGGAUCAGGAACGAACACGAACACUCCCGACCCCUCCACCAUUGUCACCUGGUCCGCGGCGUUGAAACACGUUAUGCGAACAGUGUCCCAGAACGAAGCUCUACAGUCGAAAAUCCGCAGACUAAUACGCAGCCAGCAUGACCAUGAGAAACAAUGGUGGAAGGGUCGAGAAGCCCUGAUUGAGAAACAAAAGGCACGGGUAGAGAAGAAGAAGAAACUGGACGAGGUUCUACGAUCUGUCGGUGCUCCUGUCACUGAAAGUAAGGAGGUCUCUACAGUAGAAGAAGACCGCGCAGAGCUUAACAAUUACGACGCCAAAGUCUACAAAGCCUCUGCUGAUAUGGCCAAAGCACUAGACUCGGAACUUCGCGCCUUAGGUAUCCCCUUUUUCGCGGUGAAACAUUCUCUUGUAAAAGCAGAAGCGGAGAAAGCUAUAUCACAACCAUCUGCUACACGUACAAAACCAGAAGGAAGUGGAGAUGGCACACUCUCGAGAGAAGAGUUGUCAGCGCUCCAGCGGAGAAUGCUGGAGUUACUCCAAGAUCUGUGUAAGGAGUGA